AGUGGGCGGUGGAUUAUCAUCUGCGGUUGUGGUUAACCGUCAUAGGCAAUCAAGAAGAAUCAAGUCUGAGACUUGAGAGAGUGAGUUCGAGAAUGGCGUCUCGACUUUCGUUCCCUACCCCUUCCGCUCUCUGCCGGUUCUACUCACACUCCACUCCUUCCUCUUCAAAGAACUGCAAUCAGAAAUCAGUGAAAUGCAGCUUGGAUAAGGAGGGUAGUUCUUCGGAUUUUUCAGACCACUCAGAGCAACCCAUCAACAAAAAGGAGCUUCAAAUUAAAACUUCAAGACGUGUGUGCCUGACUUGCCUCUGUUCAGCUGUAGCUUUGAUUAGUUCAUCUGCCAACCCUUUAUCUGAACUGAAAGCAAUUGCCUCAGAUGGAAAAGAAAGAGCUGGGUGCCGGAAUUGUGGUGGUAGUGGUGCAAUAAUUUGUGAUAUGUGUGGUGGUACGGGAAAAUGGAAGGCUUUAAACAGAAAGAGGGCCAAGGAUGUAUAUGAGUUCACUGAAUGCCCAAAUUGUUAUGGACGAGGAAAACUUGUAUGCCCAGUGUGUUUGGGAACUGGUCUACCAAACAACAAAGGUCUUCUUAGGCGGCCAGAAGCACGGAAAUUGCUCGACAAAAUGUACAAUGGCCGCAUACUACCAAACUCUUAGUGUUUAAUAUGCUCUAGAGAGUAAAUCCUAUGAUUCUUCAACAAGAUGGAAGUGCAGUGAUUACUACUAAUCUUGGAAAUGCUCCAUACAAGAAUGACGUGUAAUUUUGCGCUACAACUGGGCCAAUCUGCGUGCAUACUGCAUUGCAUCGACUAAGAUCCAGUGGUUAAAGAAAACGCGUUUGAUGCCAGCUAGCUAGAUGGUGUGUAUCAGAAAUGACAGUGUUGAUAAGAGUUGGUAUACUUCUUGGUAUGAACAAAUGUUGUAAACCAUCUGGAUAUUUUGUUUAUGGAUUCGAGCAAAGUUGGAAUGGUUUUGUUGUUAGAGAAUGUACAUCAUUACUGUGAUAACUAUUCAUUGGUAACUAAGUACUUAUCAUUGUAAUGUUCAAUGCCUUUUUCUGAAGUAGUCAGGUAGAUACCACUUCUGAAUAAUUUUUCCAAGCCAUACAACUACAUGAACAGAGUUUCAUAUUAUGUUAAUAGAUAAUGUUAUGCUUAUUAA